AUGAGUAGGCUUGUACUUUUGGAGAUUCCGCUUUUCGAAAUGGCUCUGAGUGUUGCUCUACCUCUAACUGGAUUGGAGACAGAGAAUUUUAACUCGUUCCGCUCGUUCAUAGACAUAGCGGGCUUGUCUCAGUCGCAGACAAGUCCGAGUCCAUCUGUCUCUAGUGAAUCUAGCGGUAUAGGUUCGUUGGGUUCGCUAAAAUCGGAGUCGGUCAAUAGUGACUCCUUGCCUUCUAGCCCUCAAACAACAGAGAAGAAAAUAUUCGAACCUUUCGUGCAACCUCAGCCACGUCCAAAGGAGCAGACGGUUGAUGAUGUCAAAGUUAAAUAUGAAGAACGUGAUAUUCUCAACCUGAUGGCUAAUCUUACCGAUGCUCGAUGGAAUUACCGCGCUACAGUACUACCACCGAAUAACCCGGCAUUAUUCUUUGCCAACCGCUCCCAGUAUCAUCGACUGGGGCCAUUUGGAACACGCACACAGUACGUAAAAGACACUUGCCGCACGUGCGGAUUUACAUGGGUUGUAGCUGCCACAGAU